CUUUGCUCCGCGCCAGACCCGUCCCCGCCGCCCGGCCUCCUGUCCUCCGUCUGCGGCUCGUCAUCUCUGGGGUCCCAGCCUCCACGGGCCGGGACCACUGCCGCCGCUGCAGGACGGGGAGGCGGGCCAUGGCGUCCUGCGUGGGGAGCAGGACCCUGAGCAAAGAUGAUGUGAACUACAAGAUGCAUUUCCGGAUGAUCAACGAACAGCAAGUGGAGGACAUCACCAUCGACUUCUUCUACCGGCCGCACACCAUCACCCUGCUCAGCUUCACCAUCGUCAGCCUCAUGUACUUCGCCUUCACCAGGGAUGACUCUGUCCCAGAAGACAACAUCUGGAGGGGUAUCCUCUCUGUUAUUUUCUUCUUUCUUAUCAUCAGUGUAUUAGCUUUCCCCAAUGGUCCGUUUACUCGACCUCAUCCAGCCUUAUGGCGAAUGGUUUUUGGACUCAGUGUGCUGUACUUCCUGUUCCUGGUAUUCCUCCUCUUCCUGAACUUCGAGCAGGUUAAGUCCUUAAUGUACUGGCUAGAUCCAAAUCUGCGAUAUGCCACAAGGGAAGCAGAUGUCAUGGAGUAUGCUGUGAACUGCCAUGUUAUCACUUGGGAGAGGAUUAUCAGUCAUUUUGAUAUAUUUGCAUUUGGACAUUUCUGGGGCUGGGCCAUGAAGGCUUUGUUGAUCCGUAGUUAUGGCCUCUGCUGGACAAUCAGCAUUACUUGGGAGCUAACUGAGCUUUUCUUCAUGCAUCUUCUGCCCAAUUUUGCCGAGUGCUGGUGGGAUCAAGUCAUUCUGGACAUCCUCUUGUGCAAUGGUGGCGGCAUCUGGUUGGGCAUGGUCGUUUGCCGAUUUUUAGAGAUGCGGACUUACCACUGGGCAAGCUUCAAGGACAUCCACACCACCACCGGGAAAAUCAAAAGAGCCGUGCUCCAGUUCACCCCUGCUAGCUGGACCUACGUGCGAUGGUUUGACCCCAAAUCUUCAUUUCAGAGAGUGGCUGGAAUAUACCUUUUCAUGAUCAUCUGGCAGCUGACUGAGUUGAAUACCUUCUUCUUGAAGCAUAUCUUUGUGUUCCAAGCCAGUCAUCCAUUAAGCUGGUGUCGAAUUCUCUUUAUUGGCGGCAUCACGGCUCCCACAGUGAGACAAUACUAUGCUUACCUCACUGACACACAGUGCAAACGUGUGGGAACACAAUGCUGGGUGUUUGGGGUCAUUGGUUUCCUGGAAGCUAUUGUUUGCAUAAAAUUUGGACAAGAUCUCUUCUCUAAGACCCAAAUACUCUAUGUCGUGCUUUGGCUUCUUUGUGUGGCUUUCACCACCUUCCUGUGUCUGUAUGGCAUGGUUUGGUACGCAGAGCACUAUGGUCACCGAGAAAAGACCUACUCAGAGUGUGAAGACGGCACCUACAGUCCAGACAUCUCCUGGCCUCACGGGAAAGGCACCAAAGGUUCUGAAGACAGCCCACCCAAGCAUCCAGGCAACAACGAAAGCCAUUCUUCCAGAAGAAGGAAUCGACAUUCCAAGUCAAAAGUCACCAAUGGAGUUGGAAAGAAAUGAAAGACCCUGGUUAAUUAAAGAUGUUCCAGAGAGUGCCUAGAACUGAGAGGGAAACGGAAUCGUUUGGACCUCCCUGUUAGGAGGUCAAAACACAUGCAAAUAGGAAGAGGAGUGGGGACUCUGGGGUCAUUAUUUGAGAGUGUAAGUCUUGUUUCCCACAGACCCAGCCUCAUCGGGCCGAUCAUUGCCUGGGGUCCUUUGCCAGUUUGGGGUCUCUUCUAACUUCAGCACUUGGCAUGCGGUCACUGGUAGCAGUUCAGUGUGUUCGAAGGAAAAGGUAGCUAUGUACUCAGAGUUGCCAAGAGCAGCUUUGUGCUUGUGUGUAGUAUGGACGCAGAUUAAACAUCUUCAUUCAGAAGGGGCAUUGACUAUACAGUAGUGGACUGAUCACCAGUUCUCAUUUUUAUGACUCUGCCUUUCCAUGUGAUUGGUUUAAGUUUAGGCCACUUUUCUGUCUUUUAUUUCGUUGUUAUUUGUUUUUAAGUUAGGACGCAUAAAAGCCUUCAGAUGCCACUGCUGAAAUUGAACUGGAGGAGGCCUCUCCGCUCUUCUAGAGAAAAAAAGGGGAGAGUUUUUGUGUUACCAUUUAGCAACCUCAUCCCGUUUUAGGACCUUACACCAUACGGCGGGGGUAAACCUGUCCAAGGAAAGGCUAGCUACCUGCAUAGGAUCCUAGGCUUCAGAUCAGAACCAUUUUUGUUCCAUUACAAAUGUGAUUUGUCCAGACUUAUCCACAGUGCACACAAGUUAGCCUGUUCGAGAGGCAGUGCCCACCGUGGCCUCUCCCUCCAGCCAGGUGCCUUUUAUAGUUGGUUUGGGUUCCUCCAUGGUGUGUUGCUGACGUGUCUUUUAGUCCCAUGUGAGGUGCUGGUGAGUAUUACCUUUCAUCGUGCCAUGCUCUAGAACAUUUACCUGAUAGUUCACCACCUCUGAUGAAUCCCUGUUUUAAAUAAAACAAUUCACAUUAAAGCCCAUCAAA